AAUUGAAUAUGGUUGGGAUGGUCCCCAAGAAGGAUGCCCCAGGAGUGGAUUUUUGUGGUGUUGACCAAUAUUACUACAUUGUCCGAUCUGACCUCGGCUGCUACAUGCGGUCAACAAACUUCAACAAGGGUGAAGAUCUAGUUGUUUACAGUCUGCAUUUCUCUUGUAGAAAUGGAGACCAUUACCUGGCCCAUGAAGAUGACCUAUUCUAUAUCAUUAAGGGCACGAAUUAUCGCCGUGUGACCAACAUGAACACAGAUGAAGGUGCUGUAGUCUACGCUCUACAUCCCAGCUGCCGGGGUGGUGAUCACUAUCUCUCUGCCUUCGGUCACUUCUACAUCAUUGACCAGAGUCGAGGGGUUUAUCGUAAAACCACAAAUAUGAACACCUACGAGGAUGGGGUGGAGUACACCCUGCAUCCCAAUUGCAGGGAUGGGCUCUACUACUUUGGUGUCAAAAACUACUAUUACUUUGUGAAGCCUCACGAUGAAUGGGGGGUUCAGUAUUACAAAUGCACAGACUUCUCCAAGGAUGAGAAUGGUGAGUCCUUUUCCAUAAAUCCCACUGUCACAAACUUUGUCCCUGGGGGCUUGGCCCUUAUUCGGGGACCCUCAUUUGGUGUGUGGGAGUGCAUCAAAACCAUCACCAAUGACUCGCAGUCUCCGAUCACCUGGACAAACAAGAUCAACAAGAAGGUUGGCUAUGAGAAGGAGAAGAUGUCCUCCAUAGAACAUAACUGGAACGUGUCAGCCACAGUGUCUGCAGAGACCGGUGGUCUGAGUGCCCUUGUCGUAAAGAGCCAGUUCUCUCUCAGUACUUCAUAUGGAGGAUCCAGUGUCAACACAGAGAGGGAGAACUGGAAUGAGGUAACAGAAACUGAGGAAACCAUCAGUCUGACCGUGAAGCCCAAUGAGAAGAUCUAUGUUUGGCAGUACAAACUGGGUCUGGGUAAAGAAGCUGUGCUGUUCUGCAGGGAUAUGAAGUUUGAUGAUGAUCCAAAACCCCCAACUGAGAACCCUCUACCACCAGCUAACUAGUUCACAAGACCUACAUAGUACAAUGUUUCUAGAAUUUCUAUGGCAUAGAAUCUUUGUGCAUAACCAACAUAACCUAUAAAACUAGAUGGCUUUCUAGUGCCAGAUUUAUUGACCUACAGACUGUUAAUAGUUUUAGUAAUGUGUAACUCUUAGACCUGCUAGUAUUUCCUGUUGUGACUGUACA